AUGGAUGCAACGAACAAAACCAUUGAAGGCGAAACCUGCCACUUUGAAAAGGCAGUCACUGAGUCUGGAACAGCUGAGAUCGAUCAUUUGCAGGAGAAGAAACUGCUGCGAAAGAUCGACCUCCAUCUUAUCCCAAUCCUUAGCCUGCUCUUGCUCUGUGCUUUUGUCGACCGUAUCAAUAUUGGAAAUGCUCGAAUCCAAGUUCUUGAAACUGAUCUCAACAUGUCUGGAAAUGAUUAUAACAUUGUCGUCUUUACUUUCUUCAUCACCUAUAUCCUGUUCGAGGUGCCAUGCAACAUAAUCCUCAAAAAGACCAAGCCAUCAGCAUUUUUGAGUCUUAUCAUUGUAGCCUGUGGCAUCAUUACCAUUGGACAAGGCGUUACAAAGUCCUUAGGUGGCUUAAUCGCUUGCCGUGUACUAAUUGGGCUAUUUGAAGCAGGAUUUGUCCCUGGUCGUGUCUACCUGAUCUCCAUGUUCUAUAAGCGCCACGAACUGCAAUGGAGGAUAAACCUCUUCUACACAGCAUCUAUCUUGGCUGGUGCUUUCUCGGGCCUUUUGGCGUACGCAAUCGCCCACAUGUCCGGUGUCGUCGGCUACAGCGGUUGGAGGUGGAUCUUCAUACUGGAAGACUGGCCACAGACUGCAAGGUUUCUCAAUGAUAGGGAAAGAAGCCAACUCCUGGCUCGAGUAGCUGAAGAAAGCCCAGAUGCUACGAUGAACCAUUGGGAUAAGAAGACUGCGCAACGUGUUUUCGGAGAUAUAAAGAUAUGGCUUGGAGCUUUGAUGUAUCUUGGUAUCGUCACCACGACAUACAGCACCUCGUUUUUCAUCCCUACCAUCUUGAGACAGCUAGGAUGGACAUCUCUUCGGGCGCAAGUGAUGUCCAUCCCUAUCUACAUCGCAGCAGCCGUUGUUACAUUAACUGGAGAUUAUCGCCUCAACGCACCCGACGAGGAACUGAAUAAUCUUGGGGAUGAUCAUCCCAGCUUUAGAUUCACCCGUUGA